AUGGUGGAGGACUCUGGAGAAUCAGCACCACGUCGAAGAGUGCGGACUGGCUGCUUGACCUGUCGAGGAAGAAGGCGCAAGUGUGAUGAAGGGAAGCCGCAGUGUCAGAAUUGUCGCACCAAGAACCUUCACUGUCGGUAUGGGCUCAACAUCACUUUCGUCGGCUCCAAAAAGAAAGCAGGCGAUGAAACAGAAAAGCACGGCGGCUUUCCGAACACUCGCAUCCAUUCGAGUGACACACCCACCGACGACCUGCAGGUUACACAGGCUGCAGCAAGCUCGCUGGAAUUGAAUCCUCGAGGCGAGCGAUCCUUUUUAGAUGAGAGCGUUGUCGAAGAGCCUUCCCAGAAUGCAUCUCAAAGCCAGCUCCUCUCGACGAGCCUUGGUGAUGCGAGCAACCUCGUCCAGGAUCACCGCGUCCCAAAAAACCCCUCUGUACAACUGUUUUCCGGCAGCACCUUCGAGCCUUUCCGUCAGGAUAUUGAUUCUUCCCUCGCCUCACCUCCCAGUGCCGCUGUGUCUCGAUCGUGGGACAACUUUGCGCGUCCAGAACCUGGCUCGGCAGAUGCGCUCGUCCUCCCAUCAAGGCCCAGUGUCCUGGACAUCUUGACUUACUAUCGAUACAACACCGCUGUCCAGAUAGACCUUGGCGUCGGGGAAGAGUACUUUGGCGUCCGGGUUCUACGUCGAGCAGCUCAUUGCCUGAGAAUCCAAAGAAGCAUCCUUGCCCUUGCAAGUUAUCAGCGGGCGUUAAGUGGCUCUUUUCGCCGUCCAGACGACGAAAUCGCCAGCUUUGAAUAUGCUACAGCAGCAGAGGCGAUCUGUGAAGAUGCAGACGAGCAGGAAGAUAUCCUGGUUUCUCAGACUCUCCUGACAUUACGUAGCAUGAUCAUGAAUGCGCCUCAUCAGUGGGAGAAUGAUGCUCAGGGUAUUUGCGGUUCUCUUGCUUCCCUUCCGACUGGCGAGCUCGAGGAACUCUGGCACCUUAUCGCACGUCUUUGCCUCGCGGCCAGGCUGAUGGCAAAGCACCCGUCGCCAAUAGCUGGCUUGUCCUUUCUGUCUCGGAGCACUGUCCCGAUCUUUGCCGGGCAGCAGCUAUCAAAGAAGCAGCAACUCGGACAGAUUCUGUCCGUCCUCGAACGCACUCUGCUUCUGUCCUCGUCCCAGAACCGGCCCCAACUGGCGAGAAAUAUUCCUGUGGCUGCAGAGUGGCAGUCCUGCUGGAGCAAUUCCCAACUGUGGUGCGCAGCACGGAGCGAUGACAUGCAACAAAUUCUUGCGCUCGAAAGCUCUCCUGGAUCCCACGACGAUGUUGGCUGGUCAAUUCUGGGGUUUCCGACCCUGAUAUUCAGCAACGCCUGUGCCCUAGUAGCGAACGUGGUCUAUCAUUUGACGUCUCUUCUCCUUCUCCAGCACAAGCCCCGACUUGUGAAAGCCAUGGCGGACAGCGGCUCGUCGACUUCUGCACAAUGGCACGCACUCAGGGUCAUUGGCAUCGUGGCAUCGUCCGACAGUAGCUCCGUGUGGAACCCGUUGGUGGCCGCUGCUGUAAUCCGUGCCGCAAAGAGUCUCAGUCACCCUUCCCAACUUCGCGCAGUUGCAGACCUUUUGCGUGGCGCUGUCGAAUCCAGUGGGAUGAAUUUACAAGACGAAAUCCAAAGGCUAGAAGGCGUGGAAUACUCAUUUUGA